UGGCGUUAGAGCAAGCGCACGUUCUCGAAACGAUCAGCAGCGCAGCGGUAUAGCCGACCCACCGCCAUCUACUCUCGAACAAGCAUCAACAAUUACUAAAGCUCGACUGCGAAAAUCUUUAUAUUAACGAGAAAAGUAACAGCUGCAGAAAGCUAGUCAUAGUCGGGAAGCACGAACAGUCCAAAAACAAUGCCAAGAUAUCCGCCUUAUAGCAAGUAAAUAUUCAGGGAAAGAAGAUAGGCCAAUGAACCAAGUAUCAACAACACCAAAAAAAACAUCAACAAAUACCAAGUGAGCGUGCGUGGCGACUUGUGUAUGUGUCAAGCAUCAUAGAAACAGCUGCAUAAGGUACGUUAGAAAUAGAUGAUUGCUGCGAAGGAGACGUCCGGAUAUCUUUCCGAGUUCUCUAAUGAGACAGUAGCAAAUUGCUAAGUAGCUGAUAGGACUUGGAGGUUAGAAUACAAAAAAAAAACGUAUUGACGAGCUCCGGAGUACAAGAAAUGCAUGCAGGUGACGGCAGCUUGAAGUUAAGAUGUUGACCGCGUGUUAUCGUCGGUUAAAGCUCAGACGCUCAUGUUCGAUUCAGCGGGUGUUUAGAUGCAGUUACAACAGUGCUCCCAUGUUUACUCUAGCUAUUCCUAUGACAAUGUAGAGCCGAGCCGUAUUAGCGUGCUUAGUGGAGACGGAAACAAAACGAAAUAAGCAGCAAGGUCAGGGGUUUGUGUGGUUACAUUCAGAUCAGCUGCUAAUUUUGAGGCCAAGUGGGUGAAGAGAGGAGUUCAGUCAACAUAAUAACAACAACAACAACAUAAAGCGUACCAGACAUACGGCGUUAAAGGAUCGAAGGAAGGAAAACAACGCCAAUAGUAAUACGAGUGGGAGCGGCUAAGGUAAGCGAGAAGACGAGAAGCUUGCCAACGCGGCUCAGAACUGAGUGUAAAUGGUUGAAUACGCUGGAUCUACCCGGAUGUUUAUGUAAGUUGUCCUGUGCUAAUGUGAUCUAAUAUUCAUUUUGGGUUUUUUGUCGCCUUCGAGAAGUAACAGUAAUAGUACUACUAAGACGUUUUCUCAGCACAGCUGAAAGUCUGACGUUCUUCUUGACUAUGCAUACGCGCCCGAAGUCAUUAUAGUGAACAGCACAUGUUCGUCAACCAAUCAUUGGUUUCAGUAGCCCCGACGUGUUCGUAAGCCUCAACCUCGUACAUACACACAGACAAUGACUGGAUAGUUUGUCAGGUUUGCUAAAAAGCAUCACAUUAUUACAUCGAAUGACUGCGAUACGCCAGGGAUAUCGUGAAUACUUUAGCUCGCCGAUAAUAGUGUAUGCUCUCGUAGUUACUGCCUCGGCAUUUACCACUAUCUAUUGACAGUGACUCGUACUCUGUAUCUGCUGUGUGAAAACGCUAAGUCGACCCAGACCGAGCAAGGUGUUACGCUUUGCUAAACUGUGCGACGAGCAGUAGAUAUUGCACAGGAUUUCACGGGGGUGGAUAACCUACGAAGUCUCACAAAUUCACUGGCAACAAGUUGGCCAGCUCGGAAUAUAACUAAGCACUUCUCCAAAUCGAGAUCUGCCGGCGAGUGUAAAUAUCUAGUGAAAGCUCUCUUUAUGUCCGGAAAAAUAAAGUUUGCCACAUUGCACUGUAGCACUGAGCUUCGCUGUUUUGUAGAGGAUUCUUUUGCCUAUUUGGAGUCCGAGUACAACGCCGGUCAACGCAUCGAGCCAGCCAAACAAUCAAGCAACCUUCACGUUAGCUAACGAAGAUGCUGCUGACCAGUACACAACAGGCAGGCAGGCCUGUACCACAUGUGACUGUAAGAGCCGCAGGACAAAAGGACCAAAGGAGCUGAGAGGUCCAUCCAUGUCGUGCUCACAGUUUCUUGUUGAUCGAGCCUUAAAUACAGAACACUGCCUGUACGCCCAUCUCGGUAUAUAUGCCUAUGUAUAUAUAUACACAUAUAGGUGUAUAGACUUACGAAUGUAGAAUCAAUUACAGUGUUGCUACAGCCGCAAUUAACCCGUACAGUGAUGUGAUUAACAGCUUCCGAGUGAAUUCAUUUGUAUAGGUGUUGAUCUUGUUUUACGCGUGAAGCAGGAAGUAUCAUUGCUCGCUGAAGGUUUGCUGUUAUUCCAUGCAUGUAAUACAAAUCCGUACACAUCUAUGAGACAAAUUCUUCAUAUUGCUCUAUGAGAUAACUUCUAACGCAGAACAAAAGCACAGCAGCGCCAUAUAAAACGCAGUGCCAUCUCUGCAUCACUACGUAUUCUGCUGUAUUUGUGAGCAUGUUUGUGUGUGUCAGAUGUCGGAAUUAGUUGGUCUUCUGUUGUUUCGUCUGAUUGAGCCCCACUGUCGCUCUUGUUGCUACUGCUUCUGAUCCGAGCUUCUACAAAUGUUGUUAGCUCUAUAGCUAUUACAACUACAAACAUUGCUAGGUUAGCAAGCUGAAAUGAUGAUGAGGAAAAGAGGCGAGCCGAUCAACUGUCGAAGUAUGUGCCGAUCGCCAACAACCGGCGCCAAAUGACACUUUCGCAUGUGGCGGUUUUUGCCUCUUAUGUCGCUAUCGUUGUCAACGGCAUACAGCAACAAGUUGAACAACAGCAACGGCGUUGUGGUUAACAGAGCUGGUUGUCACUUUCACUGUUUGGUUGUUCAUUCUUGUGUCGAUCUCCUCACUCUACAGUAGUCAUUGCUGUCCUUGCGUCGUGACGACAGGCCGAGGAUCCUCCGCUAUUUAUAGUGUUGCUGCUGACCUUGCCGUUAGCAGUGUAUCUUUGGGUAGACCAUUGUUAUUGCCACUACUACUGCUGCCUCAACUGCUAUAUGGCAAAGUGACAAAUCAGGCUCGAAUCGAUUGCUGCUGCUCGAACUGCACCUUCCCGCCAACAGGUUCACGCAUCAAAGUCCGCCGCCGCGCCUGCUGCUGCUGCUGCUGCCGCCGCCGCCGCCGCCGCCGCCGCCGCUGUCGCCGUCGCCGUCUGCUCCUUCUCAGAGAUGAUUUUGAUGACUAAAAUUACCAAAGCCACGACCAUCAUAGCCACGCUCAUCCGCCAAAGUCGUCCCGUGCUUGUUGUGCCACCGAUAACUGUAUAAGGAGGGCGCGCGGUUUCGGGGUCUUCUUCUCCAUCGUCAUCAAAAGUGCAGUAUUCGCCGUCGGCAGACUUCCCCUAGGGAACUGUCGGCUGCGAGCGGUCAGUUGCCUCUAUCUCGACAGUUUCUAACGAACAAACAAAAAAGACAACAACAAAAUGGCAAGAGACCGCUCGAAUAUAGAACGCACCAUUACUAUUCGUUGAUCGCUUGAGUGUGCUGCAGCAGUAGCAGCAGCAGCAAUUGCAGCCGGUGGCUGUCGCUAUUUAUGAUCGGCAAGUUCGUACCAAAAAAAGUAAGUUCUGUUCGGAAAAAUCCGUCAUUGUUGUCGUCAGCCGUUGGCAGUAGUCGGUACACUAGAAACUGUGGAUUACGGAAAGUCUUAUGGAAAGGAUUACACGCCCUGGUAAUAUUUUAUAUUAUCGAAUUAAUGCACCUGUCGAUGAAGUUACUGAGGUUGUUACCGUUUCGUAUUGUUUGAAUGGACAAUGGAAAGGCAACGUGACUUAUAGCAGCAGCGCAAGCGCGGUAAUAGAUAUUUUAAAGAGAAAAAUAAUAACGGGUCCUCAGUGUUGAGCUUAAUUGGUUUAUUAGGCGAUUAUAUGGUGCAGUGUGUAGACAUGCAUCUUGCUGUUCACCUGUGGAAAUAUGCUGUCAGGAAGUGAAGUGAGUGCGGGCAAAUUUAAACUGGUUCAAUCUCGAGAAAUCGACUGGAAAGGUGUCAAAAGCCAAACAGUGGAGUGUGCUAAUUGUCACGUAAACGUUGUGUAUAUGUAAAGUCUUAUUGUUGUUGUUGUUAUUGUCGUCGGUAUUUACAAUAGACGCAGUAGCGAUAGUGAUUCGAUACUGAUAAUAAUAUUAAAAGGCGACUAUAAAUAAGGAAGAAGAUGGAGCGGCGUGGUUACUCAGGAGGCAAGCGCGAGCGCGAGCUUCUGCUCAUCUACGACAACCAAGUGAAAGACAUUCGGCAACAACUUAACGAGCAAUUAAAAUGGCUCGACUAUCGCGUGGAGACCCAAAGCUCGAUCGUCGUGGAAAUCCAGGAUUAUUUCAGGAAGCGGGCCGAACUUGAACUCGAGUACUCGAAACAACUGGACAAACUGGCCAAACAGCUUUUGCUCAGACACAAAAACGAGCAAAAACCAAAGAGAGAACAAUGGCACCUUUUUUCCUCGUUUCAAUGCUGGCAGCAGUUGAUUAACACAACGCGCAAGCAAAGCACCGACCACGCCAAGGUGGCUGAGAUCUAUCAGUCGCAUAUGAUAAGCCGUCUACAACAUGUGUCCGAGGACCUUCAACGUAUCCAUCGGAAGUGCCGAAAUAUCGCGAUAGACGGACACGAGGAACUCCUCAAGAUUCUACACGAACUCCAUACGACCAUGAAGACGUAUCACUCGUACCGCACGAUGGAACAGCAGGCAGCGGCGAAAUUAUCCGUAGUUGAGUCGAAUCGUGUUAAGCUAGAGCAAGGUUUGCCGAAGGAUAAAGUGGAAAAAUCGCGCCGAUAUCGUCUCAUCUGUAAGGAAUGGCAGAAACGCAGUGACAAACAUGACGAGGCACGACUGAAGGCGCUCAAAGCGCGAAACGAGUAUGUGUUGUGCACCGAGGCAGCUAAUGCCGCCGUUCAAAAGUACUUUGUUGACGACCUCUCGGAGCUCGUUGACGCCACAGAUUUUGGCUUUCACACGUGCUUUUCCCGCUGCCUACUCAUGUACAACUCGACGCUAGCCUGUUUACAACGUUCGCUUGUCGGGAGUCAAGAAGGCAUGAGAAAAUGUUUGGAAUCACUCGAUGCCCGUGCGGACAAACAGAAGUUUCUGGAGUAUAAUAACGCUGCCUUUAUGGCUCCGAAGAAAUUCAUGUUUCAGGCUCAUAAAAGCGAUGUGGGGGUUGUUCUUAAUAAUGCGAUGGCGAAGGAUACAGGUCGCGUUCAGGUGCAAGUGGAGGACGCCAUCUACGAAGACAUGGAGCAGCGUUUCCGGCAACUACAGAAGAGACUUUCUGAUCUGAAGAUCGAAAAUGAAGAGGUGUGGAAGACGCUAGAAACGGCCGAGAAGACAUUAAUGGAGAUGAUUGAGUCACGAGACUUUGACGUAUCGCCACAUUUCGAUUCAGAUGCUGACCAACCUUUGGUAACAACUCUAAACUCAGCAGUGCCGUCUGCAGUUGGCGCACAUUCGCUGUCGGUCGAUCUCAUGAAGGGCCCGACUUCGCCCCUUAACGGUAACCUCAUCCCCAGGCCUCCAGAGACUGUCGCUAUCAAGCUGCGCGCUGACAAACAGGAGACUGAAGAUUUUUAUCUGGACAAAUUCCGUGAAUAUUCGAUGCAAUGUUCCGUCAUUUCUCGGCUACAGGCCCGCGCCGACUGUAUGGAACAGGCGUUAAGUCGCAGUGGCCCUGGAACAACUGCCGGAAACGUCGAACGCACCAAAAACAACUCUGCUGUAUUUGCUACAAAGAGAACACGAAGGAAGCGGAUCGGCCGACAGGCGGUAACAGGCGAGCCGCGCCUCUUUGGUGGUAGUGUGGAGGAAUACGUUGAUGCGACGGGUCACGAGAUUCCGCUGGUAGUUCGUAGUUGCGUUCGGGUAAUAAAUCUAUUCGGAUUGCACCAUCAGGGAGUAUUCCGUGUUUCCGGCUCACAGCUGGAGAUUAACGCCAUGCGGGAGGCAUUCGAGCGUGGGGAAGAUCCUCUCGCCGACAUAAGCGACGCGUCCGAUAUAAAUUCUAUCGCCGGACUGCUCAAGCUCUACCUUAGGGAACUGCGUGAACCGCUCUUCCCAAUCUUCUACUUUGACCAGCUCAUGGAAAUCAGCCAAUUGAGUUCAGAACUAAGUUCUAGAAAAAAGGAGUUUAUUGCAAAAACCAAAGACGUGGCGCGGAAUCUCCCUCGGGCGGUGUUUAUCGUACUACGCUAUCUCUUUGCGUUUCUGAACCAUCUAUCGGAGUUUAGCGACGAAAAUAUGAUGGAUCCAUAUAAUUUGGCCAUUUGUUUCGGACCUUCGCUUCUCCCUAUACCCGAGGAUAAAAAUCCAGUGCAGUAUCAGCCGCUUGUAAAUGAACUUAUUAAGGGACUCAUCGUUUAUCAGGAAGAAAUUUUCCCUGACUCAGAGGGCGGUCCGCUGUAUGAAAAAUACAUAAGUUCUGACCAGCCACCGUUCGAGGACCUUGACCUGGACGUGCCACCGUCGGAGGAAUCGCAGAACAUUACGACGUUGCUUACCGACGAAGAAGCUGAGGUCCAUGGACCUGCCGAUGCUGACGAUCUAGUCAACGAGCCAGAGAUCUCAAUCCACCUUUUUGGAAAGGAAGAGGUACUGGAAGCCGUGGCCCAAUACGACUUCGCGGCCCGUCACGAGCGGGAAUUAUCAUUCUGUCGUGGGGACGUCUUGCAUUUGUACAUUCAGCUGAGUGCGGACUGGUGGAAAGGGUCUUUCCGGGGACGUGAGGGCCUUAUUCCUGACAAGUACAUUAUGCUCAAUAUUCGAGAUGUGGAUAGAGACAAGAUGUCCCAGGAGCGGCGAAUGUCCUCAACGUCAUCGGAAAGCCUCAGCUCGACAGGUGUCAGCGUGUCCCCACAGCGCCAAGCCUCGGAAAGUCUUCAUCCUUCACCAAACCGGAAUCACUCUCCGCCACCGUUGUCGCUAACGGACCCCCGCGGGCGACGCCGCUCGCUCAGUCCAACCUCUCUCGGUGGCCUUAAGCUGCACCAGUAUCAGACGCAAAUGGCUUCCUUGAAAUGGAAGCUACGACCCUCAACAAGCGUGAAUGACGCACUCGAAACAAGCACAGCGUCCUCGUCUUCUUUAGAAAACGUUUCCGCGCUCACAGGCGCAGUUUCCCGAUUACGUCGGCAAAGCCCAAUGUACGCUCGUCAUUCCCCAAUUCUGCAAAGACGUCCUCAGCACAUCGAUUCAGGAUCAAGUUCCGACCUUGCCAGGGACCUGUCGGAAGCUUUGCACUCGAUUAGCACCCUCUCUAUUGAGCACGGCAACCAUAGCGAGAAACCUCCUUCACCGCCACAUUCAGCCGGCUUGGCAGCUCCACCAACCGUUUCCUUGUUGGCGAGUUCUCCGCUGAGCGGACCCCCAUCGCUACCCAGUCUCGUGGGUGCAAGCACCACGCUGACCGGUACGGCUCCACCGUGUCUUGGUGCGGCCGAGAGCGUGAUGGGCGUGUCGAUAAAGAAGGGCGCCCCAGACCUCGUGCAAGACCUGCCGCUCACGUCGGCAGGCACCUGCAAAGGCGGAUCUUCGAGCACUGAAGACUCGGAAGGUUCGCCAUCACCACAGCCGCCUUCCUCCGGCGCCUUUCCUGGUGAGCCAACCACUGGCGUUCAGAUGAGGGACAGUGCGUCCUCUAUUCCAGCGGGUGCUCAGUGUAAGAAGAGCUCCUUGCAAUUAUCAUCUUCAUCUUCGUCCAGUGAUCCGCACGGUCAUUCCAGUCAUCACCUGACAACCGCCGAGCGGUUCGCGCUCACCAACCAGUGCACCAUGCGGAAGGGUUCACCCAGGCCGAGUCCCCGCACAGAGCACGGAGUUGCCGCUGUGAGCCCGGCCCCGCCGGCUCCUGCGCCCCUAGCGCCCUUACCCCCUGGCCAUUCAGGUGUCGUCGCCUCCAUUGCCGGCGGCGGCCAGUCGCGCAGAAGUUCAUGCGGUACGCUUUCCCCUAUGGUCUCUUCAGUGCCCGCCUCGAUACAAAAAUUAAAGCGGAUGUUUACCGAGCCAGAAAAACCCGACAAUCGGGUUAUGGUAACGCCGCCUCCGUUGAGCCCGAAGCCGCCGGUUAAAGCAAAGCCGACGGGUUUACUCAAUAGACAGCGGCUCAGUCCGCACCUUGCCGCCAGCGGUUCUUCGCCGAGAGAAUCACCUCCAGAUAGCCCAUCCGCUAUUCAGAUGUCAACCGGCAGCCAACUUGACAAAACGGUGGGCUGUAGUAACAGUAGCCUGCCCACACCUGGGGGCCAAGCAACGCGAGGAGGAGAAAGUGGAUCGAGAAAUGAGGGAGGAACUACUGAAACUGCAUCAGGGUCAGACGAAACAAAAGGUUGCGGAAGCGGACCUUCAACGCAACAACCGCCACGACCCACCGUCCAAGAGUAGAAAAAGACCUCUUGUUAAACACACAGAAACGACAAAGCAUGUUUAUGGAACCCUGUCAUUCUGAGCGAAUAUUGGUCAAUCCGUCGGCAUCUCGGUAGCACAAAACGCAUGUGUAAAUUGUUGAUAUAAGGCUCCAACCGGAUCUAAGCGUAAUGUGCUCCUCCGUCUUAUCCUAUUCACUAAAAUGCCUUUGAGGAAGCGACUAGGAGAUGGGUGAGGAAAAGAAUGAGCUGUGGCCAGACCAGCCAGAACAAAUACGAGGGAGACGGAAGAUAGGCCGUAAAAUUGUAGUUAAAUAAGAUUCAAGUCAGCAACCCAAGCUGAAUAGAUUGUAGAAAUUCCGUAUGUUAGGAGUAAUAUUUAAUUUGAAGUUAAAUAACAGAACCCAAUGGGAGUUGUAUAAGGUGAGUUGUAGUAAGAUGAAACAUGUUUUAGCCCAGGCAGCACUGUGAUUUAACCGCAGCUGAAGAUAAUUGAAAGGGUCGUUUGGACUCCGUCGCGUGAACGGGCAAAUGGGGUGCGAGCGACGUACACCAAAAAACAGUCUACAGAUACAGCACUAACCUAUACUUGAUUUUCUGGUGUAGAAUGGGCACCAAGCGUAAACGCCGACGACAAAAUUAAACAACUAACGCGACCCGUAUGGUGCAUACUAGAGCACCUGAAACGCGACAGCAAAUUGCUUAACAUUUGCAGCAUCUACGUAGACACAGUGACAAAAACGUUAAUUUUCUGCCACUCUUCACACAGAAAGAGUCGUUGAGCCAGCUAGCCCACUAAAGACUUAUUCAUUUAAAGCCUUGAGCAGUUCGAGAUCAGUACGUAAACCUACAUAGUUUCCACUAGGUUCAGUGGGACAAUCACGACAACGUGUUUCUUUCUAGCCUAUUUGUCUGCGUCGCGAAUCGGCACUUUGUAUCACCUAAAUACAGAAUUAUCUACAUCAAUAUUAUAUUAUCUUAUCAGUCUUAUAAACUAUGCGUUAAUAACAGUAACGAUUUGAAUACUAUGAGUUAUUUACGAUUACGGUUAUUACGAUUUGAAUAUUAUGAGUAUGCUACAAUGCUUGCAUGCUCGUUUUAACAAUGUGACCGGAUCAGAAUAUUUUGCUGUAUCCAGAUUCGCAUUCUCUGUUCUGCAUUUUCACCAUUUACGUUAUCAGUUUCGUCACGUAUAAUACGAACAAGUUAUUCUCCUCAGAAUGAUUAGUAAUUGUCGGAUAUGAAAUGGGGGAAAGGCCGCGACCUGGUGUUUGAAAUUCGUUGCCAGGGAUUUCAAUUCUGGGUCCGACUCUUGGCUACCCGUCGUGGUUCGUGACAACUGGUUGUCCCAAAUACUAAAUAGCGUGUAAAGUAGUUCUGCUCGUCGCGGUGCUCACGUGACAGAUGCGCGUCUGCUAGUACAACGUUGGUCCCGACGGCUUCAUUCCAACUCAUUAAAUAACUUCCAAUAUAUGGAACGCCAUUCGCGUCACCAACCCUAUCUGUGCGUAAAUUCAGAAGUCGCGAUCACUGAGACUUGCAGGCCCCAAUACCUACAAAAACUGGAUUAUGCAAAUUAUCAAAAGAGAGUAUGUCUGUACGAUAUAAAGAGGACGAUAUAAGCAGGCAUGCAUGCAUGCAUGCCCAUAUAUUGCCAUCCUAGCUCGAUCUGACGCGUUUACAUUCGAGGGCGUUCAGGGGAGCACAUAGGCCAACAAAUUCAUUUUAUGCAUGUAAUUCCUUGGCCCAAAUGGUCCAGUCCUAACUAUAUAUAUAUAUAACCGAAAUGAGUGGUGGGUUAUGAUCAAGGAUUCAUAGGACGAGUCGAUGCAUGACAGUUACAGACUUGCUAUAGAGAAUGACAUAAUCUGUCCACAAAAAAAGACUCAUUGUAUAUCUACCUGCAGUACCAAUUGAGCAUGUGUUAUUAUAAUUGACAUCAACAACUACACCGACAUAGACAUACAGCCGUAGAUAAAUAUCACACACAAAUAUCACGCAGUAGACCAAUGAUGAACAUACUGAGAUUUCGCAAUACAAGCGGAUUGUAUUUUUACGUUGGAUUAUAGAGGUGUAUGUCGUAUUUAUAACUUUGUAACACUCAUCCUCUGCGACGAUAUAUAUACACUUUAGCUUGACGAUACUUACAAUAGUAAAAUAGAAUAAAUCAAUACUAUUACUGACUGAUUGCCUAUUGUACUGCAAUGGCUUUCUUCUGUAACUGAGGGAAGCUCAGCGCCUACAGACUGGUACCGAACCCAAUGGAUGAAUGAACAUUGAUCAACCUAAAGCUACUAUAAUGAAGAAAUGAGUAUAUAUGCGAGAGAGUGAUGUUAACAGACGCAUCAGUCACUAAAAAAUAUCGGCGUGGUAAUAAUGACAGUAAUACGAUUAUAAAUUGUAACAUUACAGGACUGGCAAUGGAACACAUAAUUAAUUGUAUAGUACUUGAUAAGUUUUCAAAAAGUGGAACAUAAUCUCUGCAGAUGUGUUAUAGAUUAGGUGAAAUGAUCGCAUUGCUUUCAUCGUUCAUUCAUACCAGGUACGAUACUGUUUUAAUAGGUGGCCGCCUCUUUUGCAAGCACUAUACGCAUGAACGGAUUGGAAGAGUCCGUUACGUGUCGCUUUGUCGCACGAGUCGAUGUCAACCGAUAAAAUAGAUAAGCGUUUCUUGGCCCUGAAAAGGUCUGUAUCCGACAACCGGUUUUUUACCUGAUCUAUGUUUGCAAAUACUCUGACCAAAAUUCGCCUAUCGUAAGCAGAACAGUAGGUAAAUGACAUGAAUAUGAAAGUAUAACUAUGCUGAUAAUAAGAAUAUCAAGGAAUAAUCGGAUAACGUACAAAACGAAACAGAUGCAAAUAAGGUUAGUUAAGAUCGGUAAUGAAUGCAGACAGAAAAGACUAAUUGAGAAGAGGAAGCAGGUCAAGCUUAUUGAAGAAGAUGCGCUCUAGAAUCAGACUUUUCAACAUGAUUAUUCCUAAUAGUUUGCACAGUGCACAGUACACUGGUAAAAACAAUAUAUAUAUAUAU